UCUUGUCUGAACACAUACGAGUCUGUCUGUCAGAAGAUGGAGAUGAUGGUUCAGCUGAUGGUUCUCGGUGUCCUGGUGUCUCCGCUCACACACGCGCUCCCAGGUUUUCAGGUGCGUCUGGUGGGCGGGAGGAAUAAUCUUGAGGGUCGUGUUGAGGUCUUUCAUGACGGCGUGUGGGGAUCCGUGUGUGAUGAUGAGGUGAACAUUAAUGUUCCUCACGUGGUGUGUCGUGAGCUGGGCUUCUCUCACGGGGUCACAUGGGCUCACAGCGCUGAGUUUGGUCAGGGUGACGGUCCCAUCUGGUUGGAUAACGUCUUAUGUUUGGGCACCGAGAGCUCUUUAUCAGACUGUCGAUCCAACGGAUGGGGUGUGAGCGAUUGUACCCACGCAGAAGAUCUGGGUGUCAUUUGCAGUUCAGACCAGCCCAGGUAUCAAGAUUUAAGCCCACCUCAGACCUCAAACCCGGUCCCACCCGUCCAGCGGCCCGCCACCUUCGCCCGCUUGCAAGGCCAUGAAAUCGCCCUCCGCCGCAGCAGUCAGGGUCCGUCCUCGCCCCAUAUACACGGCCAUCGCAUUCAACUGCGCAGGAACGGUCAGGAAAGCGCUGCCGUGACCCGCAGAUACGAGAACUCUCUGCCCAGAGGACAUCAGCUGCCGAAUUUUCUGCGCAACAGGGCGGCGUAUAGACGGGCAACAGAAGUGAUCCCUCCACCGGCCGGUCAGAGCGCUCGACACCAUGAGACACCCUCACAGCCUCAGACUGUGGACAGUAACAGGAUGGAUGUGGACUUCAGUGACAUUGAGGAUCAGUCUGCUGCAGGGGUCAGACUGGAUGACGUGCGUCUACGAGCCGUUCUGUCCAGCGCUGAAGACUCUGAUAUGAUAACAGAGGGUGUGGUGGAAGUGAAGCAUGCUGGGAAAUGGAGACAGGUGUGCAGUUUGGGAUGGGAUCACAGCGGCAGUACGGUGGUUUGUGGAAUGCUGGGAUUUCCUACAGCGGGACAUGUGGACACGCGUGUAUAUCAGAAACUGUGGGACUCAAAGAUGGAGGAUUCAGCCACACGGUCUGCGGUCGGUAAGAAGAGUUCUUGGGUGGAGAGGGUUCAGUGUUCAGGGACAGAGGUUUCGUUGGCUCAGUGUCACGUUCGUCUCUCUGUCCCGCGCACUGACGUUCCCUGCAGCGGUGGCAUGCAUGCGGUGGUGCGCUGCGUCCCCGGACCUCAGUUCUCCAGGAUCUCCGCCUCUGGACAGCCACAAGCCCCGCCCACCCUGAAUGUGCGUCUGAAAGCGGGGGCUCGUGUGGGUGAGGGUCGGGUGGAGGUGCUUCGAGAGGGCAAAUGGGGUACGGUGUGUGAUCAUCUGUGGGAUGUGUCUGCAGCCAGUGUGGUGUGUAGAGAACUGGGCUUGGGCUCGGCCAGAGACGCUUUCAGAGGAGCACAGGCGGGUCAAGGCACUGGACCGAUCCAUAUGAACGCUGUUCAGUGUUCAGGGAGAGAGAGAUCCAUCACACAGUGUCGCUUUAAGGAGGUUCCACUACACUCCUGCAAACACAACCAGGAUGCAUCUGUGCGCUGCAACGUCCCCCAAACACACCUGUCCACCACGGUGCGUCUGUCGGGCGGUCGGGAGGCGGCGGAGGGUCGUGUGGAGGUGUUGAUGGAGGUGAACGGUCAGAAGCGUUGGGGUUCAGUGUGCAGUGAGAACUGGAGCAUUACUGAAGCCAUGGUGGUGUGCAGACAACUCGGCUUCGGCUUCGCUUCUACAGCCCAUCAGGAGACGGGGUUCUGGUCGAGCAGCUCUGGGUCUGAGGAUGUGAUUCUGAGUGGGACUCACUGUGUCGGGCCAGAGAUGUCCAUCCAGCAGUGCCGGCGAAACACCCAGGUGUACUGUCCUCGAGGGGGCGGAGCCAGAGCGGCCGGGGUCACCUGUACAGACGCCGCUCCUGAUCUGGUGGUGGACGCUCAGCUGGUUCAGGAGAGCGCGUAUCUGGAGGACCGUCCGCUUCACCUGCUCACCUGCGCACACGAGGAGAACUGUCUGUCAUCAUCUGCGGCGCGCAUGCACUGGCCGUAUGGUCACCGGCGUCUGCUGCGAUUCUCCUCACGCAUCAUGAACCUCGGACGAGCCGAUUUCAGACCGCGAGCCACCAAAGAAUCCUGGACCUGGCACCAGUGCCACAGACAUUAUCACAGUAUUGAGAUCUUUACACAUUAUGACCUUCUGACCCUGAAUGGCACAAAGGUCGCUGAGGGUCACAAAGCCAGUUUCUGUCUGGAGGACACGUACUGUCCCAACGGUCUGUCAAAGCAUUUCUCGUGUUAUAACAUGGGUGAUCAGGGUAUUUCUGUGGGCUGCUGGGAUACGUACCGUCAUGACAUUGACUGUCAGUGGGUGGACAUCACAGAUGUGCGUCCGGGGGAUUAUAUCUUCCAGGUGGAGGUUAACCCCUCGCUGGACAUGGCUGAGUCAGACUUUCAGAAUAAUGUCAUGCGCUGUCGCUGCAGGUAUGACGGAGCACGUGUGUUUCUGUACGGCUGUCACGCAGGUGACGCAUACAGUGCAGAUGUGGAGGACCUGUUUGAGCACCAGCGUCAGAUCUCAAAUAACUUCAUCUGAUGAUUGACAUCUCUCCUCGUCUCUCUCCUGUGUGUCAUGUCAUCUCUAUGGGGGCGGAGAGUGUGCUGAUGCACGCACAGAUGAGGGUGGAGUCUGAUGAUUGAUGGGUAGGGGGUGGGGUUAAGGCCAGUAGUUCAUCAUCAGGUGUCUUCAGUGUCUGUGAGGUGCAGGGUGAGAGCUUGAAGGGCCGAUCGCCGGUUUUGUUCAUGAUGGUUAAGACACAUUUCUCAAUAUUUCCAUCACUUUUGUAAAGAUCUUCACACAGACAGUUGUGUGUACAGCAGUACUGUGUGUUUCACAUUGAGAAAGCUGGUUUGCACACACACGUGUGGUGUAUCUCACCUGAACCCACCACUCUCUCCAACACAAUUCUCUUAUUCAGUUUCUGUCAGGUUGUGAAGUUGAGAAGACCCUAAACAUCUACACGCAGUUUUAUUGGUGCUUGUGUUGGAAUGAGAAGAGAAUUCAUGUCAUUUUAAAGAUGAUUCUCAGUUGAGCUGUGAGUUUUACAAACAUGAUCACAAUAUUGAGCAAUGUGUUCUGAUGAUUAUGAACAAAAACACUGUAAAUCAACAUCAUGACAAACUCUGUGAAUCAUGUGUUAUCUGUUUUUAACAAAAACACUAAAGUGACGCUCUGUUUGAGUUGAGUUUCAUUUAGAAAUAGGAACCGUCUUUCUUGUGCAUAUAUCAGAUUCAGAUUUAGAGUUUGUGUGAACUGGGCUUUUAUUUCUAGUCUUUUACAUGGUGAUGUACACCAGUGAAAUUUUUAUAUUUGACAUCAGAAGCGAGAAUGGGACUUUCAGCCUUUAAAUCUCAUUCAUUUCUGCUGAUGUUUUCAUUUAUUAAUGUCAUGUUAUGUUUUAUCAUCCGCUGUGCCGUAAUAUUCACAUUACACAGAAGAAAAUCUGGUAUGCGUGUAAUGUGUGACAUUCUAACUGACCUCAAUAUCUUUCAUAUUUUAUCAAAUCAAUAUUCUAAAGGUCUAUGAAUAGAUGGUGCUUA